AUGCACCCUCUAAACCCCUUCCUUCGUGCCUUCUUUAGAAGCACUGUUCCGGGGCAAUGUCUGCCUAUCGAGAAUCAUGUCUUGCUAGUACCGACAACCGAAUGCUUGACCGGUUCGCGCGAUCGUGAGUCGAAUCUCUACUACUCCGAUAUCGUUGGUUCGGAAGACUUCCUGGGCAGUCAUGUUCUACGGAUUCCGCUCUCUGCUGGGCACGCAGGUGGAAAGGACGAUUCGAACGUCCGCGAUAGUCGAGGAAAGGCAAAACAAGUGUCAACAGUCAACGGGCGGACAGUGAUCAUCAAGGAGAGCUCGGUUUACAGCAACAAAGGCUUCAAAUCUCUAACCCAGGCCCAACUACUGUCGGAUGCCCUAUACUACGCCCCGAACAACGAAUCGCAACCAUGGCUCGUCUACUACAUCUCUCGACCCUUGAUCGGCUCCUUCGAUCCCGGCAAGAUCAUCUCUGCCGCAGUACCUGACAUGCUUCCAAGAAAUGUCGAAUCCGACAAAGAAACAACCUCAACCGGUCCGGUUUCCUCGCCGCCCAAGAAAGUUAUCAGGACGUUUGGCGAGCUGUUGCUGAAUUUCCCAAUGAUUGCACGGCAGAUGCAAUCGGGUCUUGACAGACUGUUUCGGGAAUUUGGCAAAGAGCUAGGGAAACCGCUGCCUCCCCCGCCAUCGCGGUCACCUAUGUUAGAAGACGAUGAGAGAUUAAGGGGCCGUACUGAGUUGAAAGCGGAUGAAACAGCUUCGAACCGCAGUUUAUCGGCUUUUGGGCAGGAACCGUUGCCGUUCAAUUCAGGGGAGUACUUUGAGGAUGAUGAGGAUCUCAUGCGCCGGAGCUUGGAGACUGCAGUAACUGCGGCCAUCGACCUUUUCCGUCUUGUAGACAAGCAACAAUUAUCGUUCUUAGGAGCUACUACCGAUCUCACCGGCCCUCUAGUUGAACGGUUGAUCGAGCGGUACGUCGCUGAACAGGUGCAUGAACCGCUCCUUUUCCCUCGGCUUUGCAGCUUUCGAAAGUCUGAAGACGCAGACUUGGAUUAUAGGAUUCGUCAAAUGGAAAGUGUUGAUGUUUCGCAAGUUGGGAUUACCGUCGAAGGGGGCCGUGACGGUAAGAGAGAAUUACUGCAACGUCUUGGGAGAGGAGUGGAGGUGUUCCGAAAGAUGUUGGAGGCGAAGUGUCCUCACGAUAUGCUGGGUACGCUUCUGGAAACGGUCAAAGUGAUAUCGUUCCCCGGCAACUACGACAAGGCUGGUGCGUCGGCCUCUGAGAAGAAGACGGCGCCAAUGAUGGUCAACGCUGACAUCUUGGUCUCUUUAUUGCUUGUUGUGGUCAUCAGAUCUCAAAUACGACAUCUCCAGGCCAGGCUCCUUUACAUGCAGCAUUUCAUCUACAUCGACGAUGUCGAAAGUGGAGAAAUGGGAUAUGCUUUGAGCACUUUUGAGGCCGUUCUUACGUAUCUUUUGACGGAUUCAGCGGGCUUGCGAAGAGCAAGUGUCCGCAACAGGCGCUUGUGGAACGCCACAAAGGCAGGCAAAGUCUCUGAUAUGAAGGCUAUUCUGGAACCCGGCACUGACCACGAGUCGCUGGAUGACGAAUUACCCGUGGAGCGAGAAGGCAAAACCGUACUCUUCAAGACAAAUGAGGAUGACGAACCUCCACGCGAUACUUCGUCCGUGCAUAGCGUGCCAGUCGGCUUCUCAGAAGACGAUGAACCAUCAUCAUCUCAUAUAGAAGACGGUUCAUCAUCUGAGAUGCCACCAUUGGCUCAUGUGUUCCCCUUCCAGACAUGGACUGGCAAUACUUCCCAAAAGGAGACCCGGCGUCCGCCGAAGAGGGUCUCCAUGGAUGUCCGCAGUUUAUCCUCUUCGUCAGCUGUCUCAUUCGCUUCGAGGACAACCACCAUCGGAUCGAUGACCAGCACAAUCGAAGGUGAUAGUUCGAUCGAAACAUUGACAAAAACACAGGAUCCUGCCGGGUAUUCAAUUCCAAUGAUGGCCGUCGAAAGUCGUCAGCCUGAGGCGUUGGAGUAUCUGCUGAGCCUUGAGGAAUAUUACCCACUACAGGAUAUACUUACAGACACGAACACUGAAGGGACAACACUGCUUAGCGCAGCUGUCCAGCUGGGACACACGGAAGUGGUGAACAUCCUGCUUGACUUCCUUUUCAGAUCGACCGACGAGAGCACGCUCGUAUCCUAUUUGAAGAAGUCGGAUGUACAUGGACGCACGGUUGCUCACUACCUUUUCAGUACGCCGUCUGUCAUAUCCACACUGGGAAAGCUUCUCCCCUGGAAGCAGCGCGACAAACAUGGACAAACGCCACUUUUUGCACUCUGCAGGUCUUACGACCAUCCUGAUUACAAGUUCAUGAUCAAUGAUGCAUUGAAUGCCGCCCAGGAUGCCCAGGGAGAUGGUAAAGCGAUACGCCUUGACGAUCACGUCGAUUCGAGGGGUAAUACAUUGCUCCAUAUAGUCAGCGAUCCCGAGGUAACCCUACGAAUCCUCGAAGGAAGCGAUUGCGACCCGAACGCAACCAACGAGAAGAAAUUCACGCCGUUAAUGACAGCUAGCAAGUAUGGUCGUAUAGACCAAGUUCGACUUCUCUUUAUGGAUCCCAGAGUGGAUGUCCAUCUCAAGGAAAUCCGUGGAUUAACAGCUGUCGAGAUCGCCAAAGACGACGAAGUACGCAAUCGCAUCGACGACCUAAUACUCCUGUCAAGCCCUCCUUCAGCAUACGAUGAUCCGUCAGGCCGGGUCACUACAGUGGUGCGUUCAUUCUUCGUUGAGGAUGCGACGGUUCGAUUUGUUUUGAAAUCCGGUGCACCCCACUCCCCUGAGAACGAAGCUGAAUCUAGACCCGGCUCCGCAACAUACACAGUCACCACCUGUCGACGCAGUUUCUCGGAUUUCGAGAACCUAGCCAAGGGUCUCUCACUCGAGCACCCAGCCUCCUACAUCCCGUCACUCUCGAACUUCCGCAGCCCCUUUCAAAUCCACUCCAAACCGUCCCGUGCCGUUCUCCAUGAUAUGCAAGAGAAGCUCGACCGGUUCCUAAAGAUCCUCCUCACUCAUCCAACCUUCUCCACUCACGAAAUGCUCUGGGAAUUUUUCCUUGUCCCCGAGUUGCAUCCCGACAUGAUGGCAGAUCGAUCUCUCCAAAAGGCAGCAGCUCUUUCCGAGACUAUAGCUGAGGACUACGCACCUGUCACACUCGAGGGAAUGCGAGAGGCGGAACAAUUCGUCACACACGCGCAGGAGGUCGUCCGCGCUGUGCAUGCGAACACACGCAGUACCAUCCGCCGCGGACACUCCCUGCACAAUGCCACUUCAGACCUCGCGGACGCAGUCACCCUCUGCACGUCCGUCCUCUCGACUCUAAAAGAACCAACCAACGCCCUUCCACCAACCCACAUUGACGCUUUCGCCCGCUACGCUGGGUUCCUCUCGACCUCAACUUCGGAUUCCUCUCCUCUCUUGCAGUACCUCACUGCCCUAACCUCCAUUGACAAUACGACCGCCGCAAUCCUGUCUGCACUCUCACGACCAGUUAACCUUAUGUCCACACUUGCCACUACAAACAGAACUCUCUCCCGCACGCACUCCUCACUCGUUUCUUCUUCCCUUCCACGCAGAUUCAAUCUCAGUUUCCCGGGUCUCGAAGAAUCGCGCCAGAAAUCCGUGCGAGACCUCGAGAACAAGAUCAACGAGUACGAAGCACAGACAGCGCAACUUUCGAGGGAGAUUACCUGGAAUAAAGACGUUGUUGUUAGCGAGCUUGCCGGGUGGACGUCAUGGAAGGAGAAGGUUGGACGAGAUGCGAUAAAGUCGUUUGCGAGGGAUAUGCUUGUCAGAGAACGGGAGAGGGGAAAGAGGAUAGAGAGGUGCUUGAGAAGUGUAAGAGAUAUCGGAUCUUAG